AUGCUCCGUAUUCGGGCCUUACUCGACGAACUGCUGUCCGGAAUCAGCUAUGCCGACCUGGUCAACAGGUUAGCAUUCGGAGACCUUUUCAAAAAAAAAUUUCAAGGAUCCUCCAUCUCAUUCUGGAUGGACACGCUGUGUAUCCCCGUCGCUCCAGAACACAAAGAGCUCCGCUCAAAGUCAAUCAAGGGAAUGAAAGCCGUGUACGAACGAGCGUUCCGCGUGCUAGUCUUGGAUUCCGAUAUCCAGCAAUGUUCCAUGAAGGACUAUACGCAGUCAUUCAUGCGAAUCCAAGUGUCCGCAUAG